AUGCUGCAGUCACUUGCGGGCAGCUCCUGCGUGCGGCUGGUGGAGCAGCACCGCUCCGCUUGGUGCUUCGCCCUGCUGGUGCUGGGUUACCUGCUCUACCUGGUGUUCGGCGCCGUGGUCUUCUCCUCGGUGGAGCUGCCCUACGAGGACCUGCUGCGCCAGGAGCUGGGCAAGCUGAAGCAGCGCUUCCUGGAGGAGCACGCCUGCCUCUCGGAGCAGCAGCUGGAGCAGUUCCUGAUGCGGGUGCUGGAGGCCAGCAACUACGGCGUCUCGGUGCUCAGCAACGCCUCGGGCAACUGGAACUGGGACUUCACCUCCUCCCUCUUCUUCGCCAGCACCGUCCUCUCCACCACGGGUUAUGGACACACAGUGCCUUUAUCUGACGGAGGAAAGGCCUUCUGCAUCAUCUACUCUGUCAUUGGGAUCCCGUUUACACUGCUUUUCCUGACAGCGGUGGUACAGCGCAUCAUUGUAUAUGUCACGAGGCGGCCUGUACUGUAUUUCCACAUUCGCUGGGGCUUCUCCAAGCAGGUUGUUGCAAUCAUCCACGCUAUAGUCCUUGGGUUCAUCACUGUCUCAUGCUUCUUCUUAAUCCCAGCAGCAAUAUUUUCUGUUCUGGAAGAUGACUGGAAUUUUUUGGAAUCUUUUUACUUUUGUUUCAUUUCCCUGAGCACCAUUGGCCUUGGAGACUAUGUGCCAGGAGAAGGCUACAAUCAAAAAUUCCGAGAGCUGUAUAAAAUAGGAAUUACAUGUUAUCUGUUGCUGGGCCUUAUUGCAAUGUUGGUGGUUCUUGAGACUUUCUGUGAACUCCAUGAACUCAAAAAGUUUAGGAAGUUGUUUUAUGUGAAGAAGGACAAGGAAGAGGACCAAGUGCAUAUAAUGGAACAUGACCAGCUCUCCUUCUCUUCCAUCUCAGACCAAGCAGCCUCCAUGAAGGACGAUCAGAAGGCAAACGAGCCUUUUGUGACUUCCCAGUCCCCAACUUCCAAUGACAGCUCUCUAAACAAUUAAUACAGGGGUAUCCAUACUGUUGUUUUGGUGCAUUUAUGCUACUUACCAUAAGAAAUAGAACGCCUCGUAUUUUUUUUCUGAAAAUAUAAAAGCUGGAAGACUGUGCUACUUUAACAAGGAUUCAUCACUUCUGACAUAGAAAAGACUUCUGGGAAAAAUGUGGGAGACACCUUGGGAAUAGGGAAAAAAUGUAGGAUGUGGCUGGGAACAUUAGGCCAUUUUGCUUGAGGGAUAAGGAGUUAGGUGUACCACUUUCAGAGGCGCCGGAGAGAAAGGCUUGCACAAGCAACUUCAUUCAACAUUUUUAGGAGAGUAGGCCUUCACUAACAUCCAACUCGUUUAGUUGCACACCUCAUCUCGCAACUGAGAGACAUAGCAAAUUUUAGAAGGUGCGCUUUUGAUUGUCAGAAGUGUAAUCACAGGUUUAAUCCAAACACACCAAAUAUCUUAAUCUGGAAAACAUUUCCAGAUUAGUAUCUAUAGAUCUGCUGGAGGAGGGCGGUAUCUAGAUCAUCCCUCUAUUACCCAGUAGCUUGCAGGUGCAUAUAAUAAUUCUAGGAAUGAAAAAACAAGGCUCUGGUCCCUCCUUUGUCCAUGCCAUUUACAUUCAAAUUUCCUACUUCCUUAAAAGGUCCCCUAAUCACAAGAAAAAUGUUGUCCUGAAGAGAGUGUGCCUUGAGUCUUCCAUGCUGUUUGUUUUUGUAUGAAAUACUUUUGUAAACUCUAAGAGAUAGCAAGACCAAUUCAAAGUACUGGGUGAGAUGGGGUUCUAGGGAAGGGAGACAGCUGCGUUUCAGUCCUCUGCCCUCUAAAAUGGGCGGGAGUGGGUUUUUAGCUAUGUGGAAUGGAAUGAAAAAGAGUCAGCAUAUGCCACGAUUGGCAUAGUCAUGUGCUUAUGGCAUUCUCCUAGUAAAUGGUUGAAAUCUGUUUGGCAGAAGAAGGACUCAGUGCUGUUUCUUCCACAGUACAACCCAGUGUGUGCUCUCUGCUGAGCUAAUAGGUAAGCAGAGGAACAGAAAUAGUAUCACCUUUGAACAUAGCCUCUUUUUCUUCUUCUGCUUUUCUAACUGGUACUCAGAGCACUUUGGAGGAGAAGGGAAUGUUUCAGGGCAAAACAAUUUUUCAGUUUUUCAUAUGGCAAGAAAAAAGGAAAAAUGACACAUUUGGUUCAGAUGGAACCGAAAUUUUUUCCCCUUGGGAAAAGUCACUAAAAAGUCAAGAUCUCGCUCAACUUCUGAAGCUGGAACCUCUUUGGCUGUAACAGGAGAGGCAUUUUAGUCCAGCUACCAGUCACUGUGCUGAAUGCAGGGACCUUGGAGUGAAUUUCAGUGAGCAGGAGAUGAGACUUAAGUGGUUGUAGUACUCUCUCUUCUGGCCUUAAGAAUCUACGAUAUGGGAAUCUUGAUAAUGCUUUGCAAUGAACAAAAGAUCUGGAGCACAAAUAGCCAUAUUAGGACAGCCUCCCACAUAGGAAUAGUGUAGAGGAGAGCCUUUCCCCUGCAGUGCAAGCAUGCCAGAUUGCCUGUAAUUUGGCUUUUAGUGUUUAGAGCUGAAUAAUAUUUUACUGUAAAAGAAAAAAAUGCAGUGUGUCUAGAUUUAGCACACGUGGGAAAAAUACUUGAAAGUAAAUAACCCAAAAUACACUGUGUUUGAGCUUAAUUAUAGCUAGCAUCAAACAGAUUUUAUAUCUUUACUGGAAAAACUUACUUUAUGGUUAAAUCAGCUGAAAGUCUUCAAUUAAAAUUUAUAUUUAUAGAAAACCAGAGCUAAAGGUUUUGGUUGUUUUGGGUUUUAUAGAUUAGGUGAGAGCAUACUGUGUUUGCAUGUUCCCAGGAAAGUGGCUAUUUUUAUACUGCUUAAGUUAACACAGUUCUAUUUAUAAUGAAU